AUGGGCUCCAAUGCUGGGUUAACAGCUGAUCAAAUCAAGCUCAUCAAGACCACCGUGCCCGUUCUAGCCGAGCAUGGCAACACCAUUACAUCUGUGUUCUACAAGAACCUACUCGACGAGAACCCAUCGUUGAACAGCAUCUUCAAUAUCCCCAAUCAAGUCAACGGUCACCAACCGCGAGCUUUGGCCGGUGCUCUUUACGCAUAUGCCGCCCACAUCGACGAUCUGGCUGCAUUGACCUCGGCGGUCGAAUUGAUCUGCAACAAGCAUGCAUCGCUCUACGUCCAGCCCGAGCACUACUCGGUCGUCGCCAAGUACCUCCUCGAAGCAAUGAGCCAAGUUCUUGGCGAAGCUUUGACUCCAGAAAUCAAAGACGCCUGGGCUACAGCCUACUGGCAACUUGCGGAUCUCAUGAUCUCUCGUGAAAGGAAGUUAUACGAACAAAGCGCAGAUUGGACCGACUGGCGUGAGUUCCGCAUCACGGAUAAAAUCGAGGAGUCUGAUGAGAUUACGUCUUUCUACCUCGCCCCUGUGGACGGCAAACCUCUACCUUCCUUCCGUCCAGGCCAGUACAUCUCCGUUCAAGUGUACGUCCCCGAGCUCAAGCAUAUCCAGCCGCGCCAGUACUCUCUCAGCGAUAAGCCAUCCCCAGAUUACUAUCGCAUCAGCGUGAAGAAAGAAUUGGGCAUCGACACUGCGGACCCCAGUGCAGCUGCUCACCCAGGCUAUGUGUCGAAUCUGCUACACGACACGUUCAGCAAGGGUGACACACUGAAAGUGUCACACCCGGCGGGCGACUUCUUUUUGCCAGCGACCAAAGAAAAAACUUCGAAUCCAAUUGUUUUGAUCUCUGCUGGAGUUGGGUUGACGCCGUUGACCUCGAUUCUGAACACACUUAUCUCCACUGAGGAGUCAACAACCCGCAAACUGCAUUUCAUCCAUGGUGCUCGAACUUCAUCCGCGCGCGCGUUCAAGGAGCACAUCUCCACGCUCUCUACAAGAUAUCCCAACUUGCAGACAACGUUCUUCACAAGCCACCCUUCCUCAACCGAGAAGGAAGGUCAGGACUACACCUUCACCGGACGCGUGGAUUUAAGCAGGCUGGACUCAAAGGAUCUAUUCCUCGAGCAUGAAUUCGCCGAAUACUACAUCUGUGGACCAGAGAAAUUCAUGACGGACAUGGAAACAAGCCUCAAGGCACAGGGUGUCUCCGCUGACCGGAUAAAGAUAGAGCUUUUCGGGACUGGCGGUCUGGCUCCCUAG